AUGGUUCAACAGCCAUCAGCAGGAGAAUCCGCCGGCCCUGUGGUCAAAGGCGUCGUUCCUACAGCAAGCCAAGCCUUCAAGGACCUCUUCAUCUGGAGGCAGCGCGUCGUCAUCACAAAUGAACAUGGCGAAGAAACAACAGAAUGGAGGGACCCCGAUCCAAUCCAGAACCCCAUCAGCUUGAUGGCUCAAUUAUCCGGCAAAGAUUGGAUCUUUUUCCUUGUCGGCUUCUGCGCCUGGACCGCUGAUGCUUUCGACUUCCACGCCCUCUCAAUCCAGACAAAGAAGCUGUCUCUCUACUAUGACACCAGUAAAACCUCAAUUACCACCGCCAUCACCCUCACCCUACUCCUCCGCUCUGUCGGAGCAGCCAUGUUUGGUCUCGCUGGUGACAAAUGGGGACGCAAGUGGCCCAUGGUCUUCAACAUGAUCAUUCUUGGUGUUCUCCAAAUCGCCACAAUUUACAGCAGCACCUUCCAACAAUUCCUCGCCGUGCGAAGUCUGUUCGGUCUGUUCAUGGGUGGUGUCUACGGCAACGCCAUCGCUAUGGCUCUGGAACAGUGCCCCUCCAACGCCAGAGGCUUAAUGUCCGGCAUUCUUCAGCAGGGGUACUCAUUCGGCUACGUCUUGGCUGCAUGCGCCAACCUUGGCGUUGGAGGCAGUACCGAAAGUUGGAAGACUGUCUUUUGGAUUGCUGCUGGCAUUUCCAUCGCCGUCGGUAUCGUCCGAAUGUUCUUCCCCGAAUCCCAGCAAUUCCUCGAAGCCCGCGCCAAGGGCAAGAAGUCUUCCUCACCAGGCGCCUUCUGGCAAGACUGCAAGAAGAUGCUCCUCGCUGAAUGGAAGAUGUGCAUUUACUGCUGCUUCCUCAUGACCUGGUUCAACUACUACUCCCACACCUCCCAAGACUCCUACACCACCUUCAUGCUCGAGCAGAAGGAACUGAACAACUCUGCCGCGUCUCGUGCUUCCAUCCUCAUGAAGACUGGCGCCUGUGUUGGCGGUACCAUUAUCGGUUACCUGAGUCAGUUUGUUGGCCGUCGACGUGCCAUUAUCGUCUCCGCCUUUAUGUCUGCUCUUCUCAUCCCAGCUUGGAUCCUCCCUACGACUGAAAGAGGGUUAAGUUGCUCGGGAUUUUUUAUUCAAUUUUUCGUGCAGGGCGCGUGGGGCGUGAUCCCUAUUCAUCUCAACGAGCUCUCUCCUCCUGCCUUCCGAUCUUCAUUCCCUGGUGUCACUUACCAGAUUGGCAACAUGAUAUCAUCCCCUUCAGCCCAGAUCGUCAACGCCAUCGCGGAAAAGACAUUUAUUACUCUCGGAAACGGCGACAAGGUCGAGGCAUACGGGCCUGUCAUGGGGGUAGCUACCGCUAUCAUUGCUCUCGGCAUCAUGUUUACUACUAUGUUUGGCCCGGAGAAGCGUGGACGAGCUUUCGAACAUGCAGUUGCUGGUGUUCAGAACGAGGAGCUUCCCCAUCACCAAAAGAAGGAUAUUGAGACUGCUAGCGUUGAGCAGGUCGAGAUGGACGAGAGGAAGAAGUCAAAGGAGGAGGUUUAA